CUUUGGUGCUGUGGGGUGAGUGCCGCACGUGCAGUUUGAUACAGUUGGUUUAAGCACAAAGGUAUUAAAAUCAAGUCUGCAGAACUAUGAGGAAGUCUGCUUCUAGUCAGUAUGUUGAAUUUCCAGAGCGUAUCCAUUGAUCUUUCCAUUCAAGUAGCAGUUGUGUGGAUUUUUAUGGCCAUAUGGAACUAAAUUGUUAUCUUUGCCAACCACCUAGAGAGAGACAAAUCACUAAUCUAUAUCAUAAAAAAAAAAAGUUAAUAAGGUCCAUUAUAAUAACCACAAGCUGAUGACUUGACGCCUUACCCGGAUCAAAAUCAGCUGAAAUAUUCAUGAUUGAUCACAUCUUUCACCCAGUCCCAGGUACGUCUCUUUUCCUGCCUCUUCAGGCAGGUUAGUGCAGAAGGGGAGUUCAUUAUAUGCAGAACAUAUAAAUGUUAUUUAUUCCUUAAACUUAACCUUGAUUUAACCUAGGUUCUUUUGUUGGAGAAAGGAAGUCAGCAAAGGAUAUGUUGCAGUCACUGAUGAAUCUGCGAAAGGAGACUCUUUAGCACCAUGUGUGCAGCAUUUGUCUUAGGAUUGUCAUUAAUAAAGAGAAGUUAGCUGAUGUGUAACUUGUGUGUGCAGUUUGUAUGAUAUUUUUCUCUUUUUUGAUUGUACGUGAAGGCUGACUUACAUUGCCAUUGGCUAAAGGUGUUCCUUUUGCCGUUUCCCAAAAUGAUUCAGAAGCACUGGUAUUCCCGACAGAACGAGGUAUUCCCUGCUAUUGAUCUGUUCUGAGUUCCAGAUUUAUAACUACCUGGCACAAACGGAGGAGAUUGGCCACUAGGAUGCGAGAGCCCUGUAUCCCCCUGGGAUGCAAGAGUUAAUCUAAAUGAAUCCAUAAUUUGAAUGCUACAUCAGUUUCCCUUGCUGCAAAACACCAGGAAGGUCAUUGUUUAUAAUGUAGCUGCAUCUGAAGAAAUAUAAAGUGGCUUCGUGUCAUGCUGGCUAACAACAUAGGGCACCAUUUAAUGGGAUGUCAAGCAAUGAUUCCAAGAAACCUGAAGCCGUUCCCCUACGUUUGUGGCACCAGAAUGUUGUCGGGCUACAAACCUAAAAGCAACGUCAAGGACUCUUACAAGAUUCUUGAGCUUGAGGAAGGAUGUUCCCUUGACGAUAUCAGAAACUCGUACCGCAGUCUUGCCAAAAAAUACCAUCCAGACAGCGGUUCUGCCACAGCUGAUUCUGAAGCAUUUAUGAAAGUAGAAGAAGCGUACAGAGUCGUGCUCAGUGAUGCAGCGACCAGAAAGAAGUCGAAUGAGAAUAAUGAAGAGGAGGAAGAUCAGUUCAAAUCAAAUGCCCCACAGCAUAGACACUACUUGAGUUUUGAAGGCGUUGGUUUUGGAACACCAAGCCAAAGAGAAAAGCAAUACAUGCAGUUUCGGGUAGACCGUGCAACUGAACAAGUGUUGGAGUACCGGAAGCAGAGACUUGAAAGCCAGCACGCUGUGACUGACCUAAUGAAAGCCAAAGAUGUGAGGCAGAGCAAAAAGGUGAAAAUAACUCAGGCAGUUGAACGGUUGGUUGAGGACCUCAUCCAGGAAUCGAUGGCGAAAGGAGACUUUGAUAACCUCAGCGGCAAAGGAAAACCUCUGCAGAAAUUUUCCAACUGUCCACACGUUGACCCAAUGACUCACAACUUGAACAGGAUACUGAUAGACAACGGGUAUCAACCAGAGUGGAUCCUGAUGCAGAAAGAAAUACGGGAAACCAUCGAGCGGUUAAGGAAGAGUAUAGUGGCAUCUAGAAGUAAGCUUGGAGGGCCAAUGACACCGUACAGGCAAAAGCAGUGGAAUCGUAUUUGUGAGCAAUUUAUAGAAGAUAUCAGGAAAUUAAACAAAAGAAUUGACAACUUCAAUUUAGUUGUUCCUAUUCUGAGCAGACAAAUGGUGCACUUCAGUGCAGACAAAGAAAUUGUUCGAGCACAAAAGACUUACGAAGCUUUGAUGGAAAAUGGAGAGGCUUCUAAUUCAGACACAAAGGAAAAUGAAGAGGAAAACGUUAAAAGGUUUGGGUGGAAGUCUUCCCUAGUUAAGUGGUUAAACCUUACAUUGAAAUAAGAUAACACUAAUUCAUCUGUCUUGUCCAGAUUUUGAAUGCACUUUAUUAAUGAAACUUGUACAACUAGACAAAUUUCAGGUACGCUGAAAAUGUAAAAUCCAGCUGUCCACUGUUAACACCAGUUAAAAGGAAUUGGGUUGUCUGAUGUGCGU